GCAGACUGCCUGAAAUGGGGACGGAGAAUUCAUCUUCAUCCCCCAAAUAUAUAAAUCCCCUUUUCAUCAAAAUCGAUGCUUCAGGCCUCACUCCAAUUGCUCCGCUUUUGAUCCCCCACCCUCGACUCGUCGGCAAGUUGCCGUCUUUCUUAUCCCUUCACUCUUUUUUCAAUUCCCCUUGGAGGAUUUUCAUUUUCUUUGAAAUUUUUCUUCGGCCUUUUGAAUUUGGUUUGGGUUUUUAUUUUUUUUUUUUCUCUUUGUAAUCCAUGAAGGUUCUUUGGAAUCUGGUUCUUCUUUUGUUCAUAGCGAUUGUGUUUCUGUUUCUGCUCCGGGUGGUUUUAUUCAAGACAGGGUUGAUUUAUACUGUGAAGAAAUGGUGGAGAUUUAUAGAGGAUUGCUUCCAUGUCUACCAGUUCUUGAAGGUUCCGGAGUUCAACAACGGGAUGCAGGAGAAUCAGCUUUACCGGAAGGUUUGUGUUUAUCUGAAUUCGCUUGCCUCAAUUGAGGAUUCGGAUUUCACCAACCUUUUCUCCGGGAAGAAACAGGGUGAAAUCGUCCUCCGUCUCGAUCCCAAUCAAGUGGUUGAAGAUAAUUUCCUUGGGGCGAGGAUUUGUUGGAUUAACGAAGAGACAAGUAGGAACAGAACGUUUGUGUUGAAGAUUAGGAAAGAGGAUAAGAGAAGAAUUCUCCGGCCGUAUCUGCAACACAUACACACAGUGGCCGAUGAACUUGACCAGAAGAAGGACUUGAAACUGUAUAUGAAUGUCGGUCGUGAUCAGAAUAGCAGCGACGUACGGUGGAGAUCCGUUGCCUUCACACAUCCGUCUACUUUUGAAACGAUUGCCAUGGAAUCGGAUCUCAAGAACAAGGUGAGAUCCGAUCUAGAUUCGUUCCUCAAAGCCAAACAGUACUAUCACCGGCUCGGCAGAGUAUGGAAGCGGAGCUAUCUCCUGUUUGGCCCAUCUGGUACCGGAAAAUCCAGCUUCGUUGCGGCCGUGGCUAAUUAUCUCAGUUACGAUGUCUACGAAUUGGAUCUAUCAAAAGUCUUAGACGAUUCAGAUCUCAAAUCUCUAUUGCUGCAAACCACGAGCAAAUCGGUGAUCGUAAUCGAGGAUCUUGACCGAUUUUUGAUCGAGAAACCGACGGCGGUGAGCUUAUCAGGCAUACUAAACUUCAUGGACGGAAUCUUAACCUCCUGCUCCGCCGAAGAGAGGGUGAUGGUGUUCACAAUGAACAGCAAAGAUCACGUUGACCCGGCGAUACUCCGGCCGGGUCGAAUCGACGUUCACAUCCAUUUUAAGUUAUGUGAUUUCACGGCGUUUAAAACGCUAGCCAAUAGCUGCCUCGGGCUCAAGGACCACAAGCUGUUCCCUCAGGUGGAGGAAAUUUUCCAAAACGGCGCUAGCUUGAGCCCCGCCGAGAUCAGCGAGUUAAUGAUAGCGAACCGGAAUUCGCCGAGCCGAGCCUUGAAAUGGGUAAUCAGCGCGCUGCAAACGGACGGUGAUGGGAGGGGCGCUGGGAGCGUCGGACGGCGGUCGUGCGACAACGGUUCGAAGAGAACGGGCGAAGAAAGUGGUGAACCGAGCGGGAUGUUAUUUAGGGAAGGUACACAUCCGGUGAAGGAAUUCAGAAAGUUGUACGGUUUGCUGAAGAUAAAAAACAGCACAAAAUCUCAACCGUUUGAUCUAGCCGCUGGUCAAAAUGACCGGUGAUGAUAAGCUUUGAUUAAUAGUAUUUGCAUAAAUUUCCCAAAAAAAAAAAGAAAGCAAAAGAAAAGAGAACAUGAUUAACAGGAAAAUAUUAAAAUCCUGAAUUCUGUUAUAUUUGUCUCUUUUUCUUCUUUUUUUUUCUUUUCCAUUGUUGUUCAAUUCAUAGUUCGUUUUGAAGUGUUAGUAGUGUUUUAUUAGGAUGUUAGGAUACAUUAACAUGUACAUAGUUGAUAGUUGCAUUAGAUUUGUGAUGUAUACUUGAUUUUGCAAAAGGAUUAAUUUGGGUUCUUUGUGAAUAUUAAUUUCUUUCCUUGGUGUGAUAGUUUGUUUAAUUGUAUGUUUCUUUCUCUUUGCUUUUCUUCUUUUUGUUUUUUCAAAAGUUAGUUGGAAUGUUUGUUUUGAGGGAAACAAAUCGUAUCUUUUCAU